ACACUCGCUCUCGCACACUCGGUGACACGCCCGCGCGCGCGCGCACACACGCCCGGCCGCCGGCGCCCUCCCAGCUGGUCCACCCCGGCGGGGCCCGCGCCCCCGGCCCGCCCGCCUGGCACCGCGCCCCAGGGCUGGGGCCGAGCGAGGAGCCCGCGAGGCGGCGAGAGGGCGAGCGCCAGGCAGGCCGGCCCGGGGCCCCCGCCCCCCGCGCCCCCGCCCGAUGGGGAACGCUCCGUCCCAAGAUCCGGAGCGGAGCAGCCCCCCCAUGCUGUCUGCGGACGAUGCCGAGUACCCGCGGGAGUACCGGACCCUGGGGGGCGGGGGCGGCGGGGGCAGCGGGGGCCGGCGCUUCUCCAACGUGGGGCUGGUGCACACGUCGGAGCGGAGGCACACGGUGAUCGCUGCCCAGAGCCUGGAGGCGCUCAGCGGGCUCCAGAAGGCGGAUGCCGACCGCAAGCGAGAUGCCUUCAUGGACCACCUGAAGAGCAAGUACCCCCAGCACGCCCUGGCCCUGCGAGGCCAGCAGGACAGGAUGCGAGAGCAGCCAAACUACUGGAGUUUCAAGACCCGCAGCUCGCGCCACACUCAGGGAGCCCAGCCGGGGCUGGCAGACCAGGCGGCCAAGCUGUCGUACGCCUCAGCUGAGUCACUGGAGACCAUGUCGGAGGCCGAGCUGCCCCUGGGCUUCAGCAGGAUGAACCGCUUCCGACAGAGCCUGCCUCUCUCCCGCUCUGCCAGCCAGACCAAGCUGCGCUCGCCAGGGGUGCUGUUCCUGCAGUUCGGGGAGGAGACUCGGCGCGUGCACAUCACGCACGAGGUCAGCAGCCUGGACACGCUGCACGCACUCAUCGCGCACAUGUUCCCGCAGAAGCUCACCAUGGGCAUGCUUAAGUCGCCCAACACCGCCAUCCUCAUCAAAGACGAGGCUCGCAACGUCUUCUACGAGCUGGAGGACGUCCGGGAUAUCCAGGACCGCAGUAUUAUCAAGAUCUAUCGGAAGGAGCCACUCUACGCUGCUUUCCCUGGCUCACACCUCACCAACGGGGACCUCCGGAGAGAGAUGGUGUACGCGUCGCGGGAGUCGUCGCCCACGCGGCGCCUCAACAACCUGUCGCCAGCGCCGCACCUGGCUUCCAGCUCGCCGCCGCCCGGGCUACCGUCGGGGCUGCCGUCAGGGCUGCCGUCUGGCUCGCCGUCGCGCUCGCGCCUCUCGUACGCCGGCGGGCGCCCACCCUCGUACGCCGGCAGCCCGGUGCACCACGCGGCCGAGCGGCUGGGGGGCGCCCCGGCCGCCCAGGGCGUCAGUCCCAGCCCCAGCGCCAUCCUGGAGCGGCGCGACGUGAAGCCGGACGAGGACCUGGCGAGCAAGGCGGGCGGCAUGGUGCUGGUGAAGGGCGAGGGCCUGUACGCCGACCCCUACGGGCUGCUGCACGAGGGCCGUCUGAGCCUGGCGGCGGCCGCGGGCGACCCGUUCGCCUACCCCGGGGCCGGCGGCCUCUACAAGCGCGGCUCGGUGCGCUCGCUCAGCACCUACUCGGCCGCCGCGCUGCAGUCCGACCUGGAGGACUCGCUGUACAAGGCGGCGGGCGGCGGCGGCCCGCUCUAUGGCGACGGCUACGGCUUCCGCCUGCCGCCCUCGUCGCCGCAGAAGCUGGCCGACGUGGCGGCGCCCCCCGGAGGCCCCCCGCCGCCGCACAGCCCCUACUCGGGGCCACCCAGCCGCGGCUCGCCGGUGCGCCAGUCAUUCCGCAAAGACUCGUCCUCUUCUGUCUUCGCCGAGAGUCCCGGAGGCAAGACCCGCAGCGCGAGCAGCGCCUCCACGGCCGGAGCACCCCCUCCGGAGCUCUUCCCCGGGCCUGGGGAGCGCUCGCUCGUUGGGUUCGGGCCGCCAGUGCCAGCCAAGGACACGGAGACCAGGGAGCGCAUGGAGGCCAUGGAGAAGCAGAUUGCCAGCCUCACAGGCCUGGUACAGAGUGCUCUACUGCGAGGCUCAGAGCCUGAGACCCCCAGUGAGAAGAUUGAAGGCUCCAAUGGAGCAGCCACCCCCUCAGCGCCCGGCGGCUCAGGCAGCCGGAGCAGCGGGGCCACCCCCGUGUCCGGCCCUCCCCCGCCCUCGGCCAGCACUCCUGCAGGGCAGCCCACUGCUGUCAGCCGUCUGCAGAUGCAGCUGCACCUGCGCGGCCUGCAGAACAGCGCCAGUGACCUGCGCGGCCAGCUGCAGCAGUUGCGCAAGCUCCAGCUGCAGAACCAGGAGUCGGUGCGCGCGCUGCUGAAGCGCACGGAGGCGGAGCUGAGCAUGCGCGUGUCGGAGGCGGCGCGGCGGCAGGAGGACCCGCUGCAGCGACAGCGUACCCUGGUGGAGGAGGAGCGGCUGCGCUACCUCAACGACGAGGAGCUCAUCACCCAGCAGCUCAAUGACUUGGAGAAAUCGGUGGAGAAGAUCCAGAGGGACAUGUCCCACAACCACCGGCUGGUGCCUGGCCCCGAGCUGGAGGAGAAGGCGCUGGUGCUGAAGCAGCUUGGGGAGACACUGACGGAGCUCAAGGCUCACUUCCCAGGCCUGCAGAGCAAGAUGCGGGUAGUGCUGCGUGUGGAGGUGGAGGCAGUGAAGUUCCUGAAGGAGGAGCCCCAGCGCCUGGAUGGACUCCUCAAGCGCUGCCGUGGGGUCACAGACACGCUGGCCCAGAUCCGAAGGCAAGUGGACGAGGGCGUGUGGCCACCCCCCAAUAACCUUCUGAAUCAGUCCCCCAAGAAGGUGACGGCCGAGACUGACUUCAGCAAGAGCUUGGACUUUGAAAUGCCACCCCCCAGCCCCCCGCUGAACCUCCAUGAGCUGAGUGGGCCGACUGAGGGAGCCUCUCUUAUCCCCAAGGGGGGCAACCCCACCAAAGGCCCGGACACUCCUGGCAAGAGAAGCGUGGACAAAGCUGUGUCCGUUGAGGCUGCGGAGCGGGACUGGGAGGAGAAGAGGGCAGCCCUGACCCAGUACAGCGCCAAGGACAUCAACCGGCUGCUGGAGGAGACGCAGGCAGAGCUGCUCAAGGCCAUCCCUGACCUGGACUGUGCGAGCAAAGCCCACCCAGGCCCAGCCCCCACCCCAGACCACAAGCCCCCCAAGGUCCCCCACGGCCAGAAGGCAGCUCCCCGAACGGAGCCCAGUGGGAGGAGGGGCUCAGAUGAGCUGACAGUGCCCCGAUACCGCACGGAGAAGCCCUCCAAGUCGCCCCCGCCGCCCCCUCCCCGCCGAAGCUUCCCCUCCUCCCACGGCCUGACCACCACGCGCACCGGAGAGGUGGUGGUCACCAGCAAGAAAGACUCGGCCUUCAUCAAGAAGGCCGAGUCCGAGGAGCUGGAGGUGCAGAAGCCCCAGGUGAAGCUGCGCCGGGCUGUGUCCGAGGUGGCCCGCCCGGCCUCCACCCCGCCCAUCAUGGCCUCUGCCAUCAAGGAUGAGGACGAUGAGGAUCGCAUCAUCGCAGAACUGGAGAGUGGCAGUGGCAGCGUGCCACCCAUGAAGGUGGUGACUCCAGGGGCCUCUCGGCUGAAGGCGGCCCAGGGCCAGGCAGGCAGCCCUGACAAAAGCAAGCACGGCAAGCAGAGGGCCGAGUACAUGAGGAUCCAGGCCCAGCAGCAGGCCACUAAACCAUCUAAAGAGAUGAGCGGGUCAAAUGAGACCUCGAGCCCUGUCUCAGAAAAGCCCUCGGCUUCCAGAACCUCUAUCCCUGUAUUGACUUCCUUUGGGGCAAGGAAUUCUUCCAUCUCCUUCUAGAAGGCCCCUCACAUCUCCACCCCUGCCUGUCCGCCAUCCCUGCCAUUUCUCUCUCUUCCUUCAUCUCCACCCACCCCCACCCUGCUCGCCAGACCCCUGCGGGGUUUGCCCUUCAGAGGAGGGGGUGGCCCUCAGCUCCCCACACCCAUCCUCUGUUGGUGUUUUUGGUUUUUUAAAUGAUUCACUUUUAAUUAUCUUUUUUUAAACAGUAAAACUAAAAACCAAACACACCACCUCCCCCUGGUUUCCUGUUCCCAGAGGGCCUCUCGGGCCCAUUUCCUGUCACUCUGUCCCUUUUCUCUUUCACCGUUCUUCCUCCCAAGUCCAUCCUGAAGUCCCUGCACCUCCUCCCCUCCCCCCCACUUCCCAAGAAUACUCCAAACAAACUCUGAGCCACGGAGACUUGGAGCAGCGAGAAACCCUCUCCCCUCCCUCGGUACCUCCUGGAGGAACGCCUGGACAUUGGACCAACCCCAGCAUCAGGCCUGGGGACGCGACCCUGGGAGACGGGGCCCUGGAGACACCGCACUCCCUGUCCAACCUCGCACAAGACUGACCUCUGCUGCUGCUCUGCUCCUUCCACUCACCCCAGUGGGCCUGGAGUCCAGAUGGAUGGGCUGGACACGGAGGCGGGGGCUGGGAGGCCUCAGGGUGGGGUAAGGCCGGGAGUCUGUGUCCCUGGGGAGCAGCUGGCCUCUGUCCUGUGGGGAGCGGGAGGAGGCCCUUUGGACCGUUGGCUGAGGGGGUGGGUUGUGCAGAUGGCCUGACACCUGGGCCUGACACUGGGGACACUGCCUGGGGAGAGGGCAGCCCUGGGAGGGGCAUUUGGUACUUUUAGUUUCCUAAUUUAGCACUUUAAAUGACAUUAACUUAUUUAAUGGGGGUGGGGUGGGCAAGACUGAAGGGCCCAGAAAUUAGGUUUUGAGGCCUGGAGGCAGUGGGGAAGGGUCCUGGUUGUGAGGGAAGGGGAGAGGGGGGAGAGCAGGGAGGGCAGGGUAGGGCGGGGCAGACAGCUCCAGCCCCGCAGGUGGGGUGACUUGACCUUCAACCAUCUUCUUUGUGACUUGAGGGUUUUCAGGGAGGGGGCAAGAUGUAGUUUUUAAAUGGGGAUCUGGUGACCCUGGUGAGAUGUCUGAAGGUCCCGAGGCCUGGCCAGCCAGUCCAUGGCCCAUGGAUGCCCUGCUUUGCCCGCAGAGGCUGUUGGAAGUCGUGGUCCUGGGGAUGGGGAGAGGGAGACCAAUUUUGGUUGUCACUCCUGGCCCCCCAGAGGGCACAGGGAGGGGUCAGAGGGAGAUUGUGAAAGAGGAGGAGGAGGAGGAGGAGGAUGGAGUGGGGGUCCCCAGGCAGAGGAUCCCCAUUUGGAGCACAAAGUGGUGUAAGCACAGCUGGGGGGGGAAUUGGAAUCAGUCCCCCCAGUAAGCACAGAAAGGAGCCAUUGUAGGAGGGCAGCGCCCCCACGACGUGGAGCCGAGGAGGGACAGCAGGGGGAGCUGCGGAAGGCUUGGGGAGGGAGGGAAACUGGGCUGUGUUUCUUCAUUUCUUUUGUUUUUGCUUCUGUUGGUUCAUCCUUGUUUUCUAGCUUUGGAUCAUUUUUGUACCAAGGCAAGCAAGCCUUUUUGAAAAAUAACAAAAGAAGAGGAAAAAAAAAAAAAUCCCUCCAGAAAAAAAAAAAACCCCUGGAAAAUAGGAAACAACAAAAAAAGGACCUCAUAAAUGAUGCAAUUACUUUUAAUUGCAGGCAACUCUUUACAUUUAAGUGAAGUGUCUUAACAUUUUAUAUUGUUUUAAAAAUAUAUUUACAUAUUAUAUAUAUAUAAUAUACGUAAUAUAAAUAUAUAUAAAUAUUUAAAAAAGAAAAAAAAAAGAAAACCACAGCACUCUCUCCCUUGCCGCUGUCUGGCGGGGGAGGGGGCUGGGGUGGGCGCAUCGGCCUGGCUCAUGUGGUCCAGUGAAGGUUCGGUUGAUCUGGCUGUACAGAGACCCCUGACUUGGGAGGGGAGGGGGGAGUGGUGCCCCCUCCUCCCUCCACUCCAUUCCUCUUCGCUUGCUACCCUUCACUCGCCCCCACCUCCACCCUCUGCCCUGUGACCAGAACGUGUGCCCCACGUCAUUGUCCUGAGUUGAAUGUCCCUUUGUGGGCGGAGGAGGUGGGGGCAGUGUUCACCCAGGAAGGGGCAGAUGGAGGGAGCCGUGUGCCCCGCCCCCCGCUCAAGUAGAGCCCAGUGGGAUUUGCAUCUUUCUUUCACUUUGGUUCCUGCACAUUCGUGGGCUGGGAGGCAUCUGCGUGGAACUGUGUGCAGCCUGCGUGCGUGCGUGUGUGUGUGUGUGUGUGUGUGCAGGCACAAGCCCACCCAGCCGUGUGUGCAGAUGCAUGGGACACAGGUCCACAGGCACGGCCCGUCACGUGUGGGGAGGCGUGUGCACGUAGGCGUAUGUCACCUGUCUGGGCAUCGGCAGGUGCCUACCUGCGUGUUAGUGUGAGAACGCGGGUGGGGUGUGUGCAGACAGGCCCAGCAGCGAGAGACUUGUUCGCGUGGGGGCCAUGUAUUUGUGGACAGAGGUGUGAACAUGGAAGUGCGUGCGACCUGUGUCUGUGGUGGGUGUGUGCUGGUGCAGACCCAGGGGUGUGGGCGUGUCUGUGUGUGUGUGCGCACGCGCAUGUGUGUGUCCCAUCAUCCCUGCACCACUCGCUCCGGCUCCCUUCCCGAGCUCCGUCCCCACUGGCCGUCUCACAGCCGCCGCACGCCGGUGCCCCCAGCUGCAUGCGCCUCGCUGCUCUGUCCAUCAGUGUGUGCUUGACCAAGAGCAAACUAAGACGUCUGGGGGGACCCCUGUACCCGGUCCCUCUGGCCCCUGCCCACUGUGCUGUGUUACUCGCAUGGGGGGGUUCUCUCCCGCCCCUUCCACAAUAUGCUGUUUCCCCAGGAGCCUCAGGGCCGAGGCUCUGCGUGGGGUCCCAGGUGGGCCCCCCCGGGUGAGCCCCAGCUCCACACCCUCCCCGUCCACCCCGUAGGGCCCGUGUUGGUGUAGCAGUGACGGCUUCUGUGGAUAUUCUGUGACCUUUGUCGGUGUAACUUGACAAUUUCUAAAUGGAAAAGGGUUGCUGUGUUUUCUCUGUCUCUUUUUUAAUGUCCUUUUUUUCCUCCCACCUCCCUGCUCUCUCCUUUCGGUUUUUCUAGCCAAGUGUUUGGGGCUUUAAUAAAACUUGUUUCUUUUUCCU